AUAAGUUACACUGGCACAUACACCCCCUUCUCCUUCUCCUCCUUCCUCCUUCCUUCCAUGUUCUAGUUCUCCUUACUAAUUGCCUCUUCUACCAGCCCUUUCCUCUCCAUCUUCAUUAGAUUACUGAAGAUCCAGGGGGCAUGGCAAAGGAAGUAGAACUUAAGAAAGUGGAAUUGAAGGUUUCGGUCAUCUGCUGCGAAGGUUGCAAGAGGAAAGUAAAGAAGGUUUUACAAAGCAUAGAGGGUGUUCUAAAGACAGAAAUCGAUUCUUCUCAACCAAAAGUCACGGUCCUUGGCAACGUCGACCCUCAAAUUCUCGUCAAGAAGUUAUUGAAAGCCGGAAAGCAAGCAGAAAUAUGGGUAAGUGAGAAUGGGAAAACAGAAAAAGAAAAGAAACAAGUAGAGACGACGGCCAAACUAGAAAAGUCGAAAGAUGGAGAUCAUGGUGGAAUUAAAUCAGGUGGAUGCGAGCAAGGAAAAUGCGCCAACUCCAGCGACUUGAGCGAAAAGGUCAAGGAGAAUUCGAAUGGAAUUAGCAGCAGCAGCAACAACAAAGGACCAAAGAAGGAUCAAAAAGAGAGGGACGAUAAUGGAGGUGGUCAAGAGGUUAGGAAGAAUAUAAAUCCUAGUCCUCCCCCUGCUGAAGUGAUGAAUUAUGCUACAACUCCAAGCACGAGGGUGAAUUGCUGUGGUAUGAAAGCAAGCAUGGUGCAUGAUAGCUCUAACCAUACAAGGUGCUGUUACAUGGUGGAUCCCUCUGCUAUCCCCGCCCUACCACUACCACCCUAUUACACAAUAAGCGGCCCUGCAGCUGUUGCACUUCAUCAUCAACGACACUACUGCUACUGUGAGCACCCAUUACCAUCUUCUCAGGCUCAGCUCCCGCAGCAGAUGCUGCCGGUGCCAGUGACGAGGGUUGGCGACUACUUCAGCGAUGAAAAUACGGUUGGGUGCUACGUGAUGUGAGUGGCUGCUGCUGCUGCUUUGCGAUGGGUUGAAACCUGCAAGAAAAGCCACAAGCCAGCGAGAGCAUGCAGAAUUGCAGAUACAGGCUAUUUACCUCCCUUCCCGAGAGCGAUAGCCCACUGCCCAUGUGGAUAGAUGAUAUAUGUAUAGUUUGAACUUAAUUUGAACAAGGCUAGGGCCUACUGGCCUAGGGGAAGGGGUUUCCCAGAUUCUUUGUUUGUUUCUUUUCUUUAAUCCUCCUCUUUUCAUUUUAAUGGAAAUACUUUCUGUUCUCUCU